AUGACCACGGCUAUUUCAUCAACCGAUGUUUUUCACACAAAAUCUGAUGAAAUGCGUCUUGAAAUUUUUUGUCUCGUCUGGCUCGAUGCUGGUUCAAGCAUCAAAGACGGUCAUGAUACUGAACAACAAUUACGUUCCAUUAUUAAUCAUCUUAAGAAAUUUCAAGAUGUAAAACAAUGUCAAAAAUAUAUUGAAGAACGAUCACAAAAAGAACGAGUAGUUAUGGUUGUUAGUGGCCAAUUGGGACGAGAAAUCGUUCCUUCUAUUCACAAUCUUCGACAAGUUAUAUCGAUUUAUGUCUAUUGUCUCGAUAAGAAACGUAAUGAACAAUGGGCUUGUGUCGGCGCAGGUAACUCAACAACAAGUUUAAAUGGUGAAUUUGUCUUUUCACAAGUUCUAAUUGAUUGUCUUAUUCGAUUACGAUACACUGAAGCAGAUAAAAACGAACUCAUUCGUGUUUGUAAACAACAAUAUAAAGGUAAUAGUGUUGAAUUGAAUAAUAUUCGUGAAUUUCAAGACAAAUAUUCAUCUGGCAAUGUUUUAUGGUGGUACUCGCGAGAAUCGUUUUUUUACAAGACUCUUAAUGCCGCUCUUCGUACCCCAGCAGAUAUUCAUACAAUAUUUUUGUUUCGUAAAUAUAUUACCGAUAUUCAAUAUCAAUUAAAAAAUCAUCAAGCUAAGAAUCCUGUUCGAGUUUAUCGAAGUCAAAUGAUAUCAACUAAUGAACUAGAAACUUUGAAGCAAUGCUGUGGUCAAUUCAUAUCUGUGAAUUCAUUUUUUUCAACCAGUAUUGACAAACAACAAGCUCUAUCAUUUCUCGAUUUUCCUGAUGAUACAGAAAAUUUAGAAGCAGUAUUAUUUCAAAUCGAUGCCGAUCCUAAGAUGGCAAUUACAAAACCAUUUGCUGAUAUCACUAAAUAUAGUGAAUAUAAAGAUGAAGCUGAAGUGCUCUUCAUGCUUGGCUCUAUUUUUCGGUUGGGCAGUGUCAAUCGAAGCAAACAUGGUCAAAUAUGGCUUAUACAAAUGACAUUGUGCAAUAAUGAUGAACAUGAUUUAAAGCAAGUUCUUAUGGAUAUGAAAGAGCAGUUUGUGAGUGAAGAAACAAGUCUUCAAACAUUAGGAAAAUUGUUAUGGGAGAUGGGAAGAUCUGAUCUGGCUGGACAAUACUUUUUUCGCAUGUUAGAACAACUUCCACCCAACGACUCUCGACGUAUUGAUUUGUAUCAAGAUCUUGGCAAACUUGCAUCAAAUGCUCAUCAACUUGACAAGAGUGAUAAAGCAACUGUUCGAGAAUUAUUACCAACUGAUGAACAGGGAAAUGUAUUAAGUGAUCGAAAUGAACUAACAUAUAUAGUACAUGUCUUUACUGGUGACAAGUAUGGAGCUGGUACAGAUGCAAAUGUUUUUCUAACAAUCUAUGGCAAAUCUGAAGAUACAGGUGAACGUGAAUUACGACAAUCGAAAAAAAAUAGAGAGAAAUUUGAAAGGAAUCAAGAGGAUAUUUUUGAAAUCAAAGCUGCAUCAUUGGGCAAAUUGAAACAAAUUAAAAUUCGACAUGAUGAUUCAAAUAUUGGUUCUGCAUGGUAUCUUGAUCGAGUGGAAAUUGAUGAUCCAGAAACAAACCAAACAUAUCAUUUUAUCUGUCAAAAAUGGCUGGCUACCGAUAAAGAUGAUGGAUUGAUAUCUCGUGAAAUUCCUGCACUUGAAAACAAAGCACUACGUUUAGCAGCGGCACGUGAAAGUUCUGCUGGAUCAUCAGUUGAUUACGGUUUAGAAAUGAACACACAUAUUCAUCGUGGUUCGUACGAUUGA